AUGAUUUAUUCAUUUUGCUCAAACAUUCCCUUCUUCAAUUUAGUAGGAAAGAAAGUGAAAAAAAGACCUGACGAAGAAACAAGAAGAGCGCGGAAAGAAGAAGCGCAGAGGAAGAGAGAGCAAGAGGAGAAAGAGAGGAAGGAGAAACGGGAGCAGGAGGAGAAGGAGAGGAAGGAAAAGCGUGAGCAAGAGGAGAAGGAGAGAAAGGUGAAACGGGAGCAAGAGUUGGAACUUGAGGGUAUACGGAAGGAAAAAGAGAGGUUGAAAACCAAGGAAGAGCGCUUGAAAAGGGAGCAGGAAGGAUUGAGAAGAGAGAAGGAGGAGAUGAUGAGAGAUGAAGAAAAAUCAAAGAACAAUGAGGAGUUUAAAGCAAGGGUAAAGAUGCAAAAAGAAUUCAGUCAUUAUUUGGAGGAAGGUUCUCUAGCACUUCAGAACGAGGCUGGAGCAUCUAGUUUCGAGUUUAUGCACAAAGCUCUCCAACUCAUCAAAACUCAAUACGAUAGCCUCUGUUGGAUACGCUCUGUAAAGGAAGUGAGUAAUCCGGAAGUUGUGGCGAUUCGGUAUAUUUACGGCAGAGCCGGUGUUGAGACGAAUAUAUAUGAAAACAUUAUACUGGCGAGGGACAGUUUUAAUCAUAUUCUUACUCAUCAUCAACAUGUCAAGUUUCCAGCGGUUUACUACGGGUUUGCUCUGCUUUAUCAGAAGUUGAAUAGAUACGAUGAAUCUAAGAAAUAUACUAAGCAGGGACUGGCCUACCUAGAAAAAGGUCUUGUGUUUCCUGCCAUAAAUUGGCCCGGACUGCCGACCCUACCAAUCAACGAGACGAUCAAGGAGAACUUGUUCAAGAUGUUAACCUCACUCAGACUAGAGCUGAACCUGCCUCCUGAACCCAACGCUAUCUGCAGGUUCAAGGAGUGUUUAACCAACCAGGUUCAUAUUCUACCAAGUGACAAGAUCUACCUCUCCGAUCCAGACUACAAGGGGCACUACAGGCUCCAGUGUAACGAGGAGUGUAGGCUGGAGUAUCAUAAGCUCUGCUGGAACUCUAUCAAGGAGAACAUCAAGGUUGGGAAGAUACGAACAGAGAAAGAUUGUCUAGGUCAGCCAUGUUUAACUCCGGAUUGUGGCGGAACUUUUGUGAAAAUAAUAUUUUUUGACCAGAACGGAAUGGAACAUGUGAAGGAGGAUACAAAUAUUAGGAGAGUGGAUGAUGAGGAGAAGCGGAGAAAACGAGACGAAGAGGCAAAAAAUAAAAUAAAAAAUGAAUCUAAAAAGAAGAAGAAGAAAAGAAAAUCACCCACCUUUGAAGAUAAUGAUAUAAGUGUUAAGGAGAACGUACCAAUAGCAGAACCUGAUUAUUCAUCAAAUCAGAUUGAUUAUUCUAAUAUCGAUGUAAGUAAUGCGACUGUUGUGAAAAAGACUAAAGCGCCGGAAAUGGAUGAAGAAGAGGGUCAAAAAAAGAAAAAAGAGAAGAAGAAAAAUGUUUUAAGUCUGGAUGAAUUUCGUGGAAGCAGCGGAGUAGAGAGGAAUCCUGGGACCUGGCCGGGAAAUAUUAACGAUCAACCUGACGAUUUUAAUAGUAGAGUUGAUAGGGCCAAUCAGUUCAAGGCUUUUGUAGAGAAUAAUUUUGAGCCGAGUGCUGAGGUUAGCACUGAUAAUUGUUUAAUAAAACCUGUAAUAAACGGAGAUACCUGGACCAGAUCCAAUCCCUAUAGUUCACCACCCACCUGGAGUAAUCAGAACCAAACUAAUCAAAUCUAUAAUGGAUAUUCUAAUUACACCAGUAACAGUUUGAACGAAUCUGAUUUUGAUCAAGCAGAACCUGAAGUUAUUAAAGAAAGUGUUUGGUCCUUUCUUGAGGACCUUCUCCGUAAAGAAGAGGGACCUUUGCACCACCAGGACCCGAAAAUUUGGACCCACAUUGACGCCUCAACCUUGUCGAUUAUCGGCGGCCCGGACAAUAUUCUUAACUUUGUUAUGGUUGAUCCUAAGGCGCGGUUUCGUUAUUUUCAAGAUUAUAUUUGUCUAAUCUCUGACUUAUCAAAAACUAUAAGUUUGUGCACCAAACGUACAGCUCCGGAACCAUAUCUACCCUCGUAUAGUUUAAAUCCUCUGCUAGCUCCUAGUCCACCAGAACCUGUUAAUCCUCAUCAUUUUACCCAUUCUAGUUCGAGCAGUGGAGCUGCUCAUAAUUCACUUUUACCUCCGAGCCCUAUAACUGUCCAUACAACCCUAAGCCCUGUCACUGUUCCCAAUCCACUGCUGUCUGUGAGCCCUGCACCAGUAUCUAAUACAGACUCAGGAGCUCACGAGAUAAGAAGAGCUGUUGAAGAAGCAAGAGCAAAAGAAAACGCUCUUUUUGAAGAGAAUGAUAAAUCUUAUAAUUCAGAGAUUACUGAGAAAACUAAUCAUGGAAUAGAUAAUUUGCUCAAAGGUAUGAGAGAAAAACUAAGGCAACAGCCUGAAUCUAAAGAGACAAUGGGUUCAGCAUAUUAUAUUAACCGAGGCUCAGCGUAUACUUUAGCCGCUGGUGUACAGACUGACAUUUCUUCUUUGGAUUUAGAUGACGAAAUGGAUUUAUUUACCCUGCAACAAACCAAUACAGAGCUGGUGGAAGAACUACAGAACUGCAAGGACAAGAUCGCCAAGAUACAGAACGACAAGAAGAUCGAGUUAAAAGAACUCACGGAGACAAGUAAAAGUCAGCAGGACGAACUUACACGGGCUAAACUUGAAAUCCAAAAGUUUCGGGAUGAAAAUUUCAAACUUCGUAAGAUAGCGCUUGAUGUACAGGAGAAGGAGCGUGAACUGAAGGGAAGCCUCGGAGAGAUGAAGGUGAACCUCGAGGCCGAGCAAAGGCUCAGCUACGACUGGAUGAAGAACGGAGAGAAGUUGAAGGAGGAGAAUAGGAAGCUGAAGAAUGAUGUUACCACACAGAAGGAGUUUAUUAUCGAGGUCCAGUUCAGUUUUUAUAUCAAACUAAUCGAUGCUAAACGAGAGCUGAAUGAUAAAACUUUAAUGUUUCUGACCGAACUUAAGCAUAAUCCUAGCUACGCGCUUCAUUCAUUAAUUAUUGACCAAGCCAUCAAGGAUUUCGAGGAUUAUAAGAAAACCCUUGUGAAAGCUACGGAGGAGGUUACUACUCUAGCUCGAACCAUUCAAUCCCAUCCUUUCCCGCAUUUGGAUUAUGAUAUUAAGAAGAUUGAAAUUCCGAAGCUUGCCUCGAAAUUAUUCCUUCUCGUUCUUGAUGUUACCGGAGCUACACCGGCGGAGUUAACAUUCAACUCGGUUCCGCCAUUCGCCUUACCUAAUCUUGGAAUCAGGGGGCCUCCGCCACCAAUGGGAUCGUUGCCCCCCGGCUACGGAGUUCCGGCUGGAUUUCGUUCAGCUAUCCGUCCUCCAGGGUUACCAGAAAAUAUUGUAGAGAGAGACUCGUCUCAGAAUAGAUCUGGUUCAGAAACCUCUGGAUCAUCAGCAUCGGGACCUAUCCACAAGUCUGGAGCUACGAGAUUCAGCAUGGGGGAGAAGAGAGAUGUUCUCUCUCCGACAACAUCCAAGAGCGGUUUCUCCGGAUUCUCCGAUGUUGGAGCAACGAGACAUAUGAUUCAUCCUACUGCAGUUGCUCCUGGUUUCCUACCAGCUGCUGCUGCUACAUCAAGAGCUUCUGCAGCUUCUCCAUCUAGUUCGGGAGAUGUAGGUAAAAAUAUGAAGAAGAAUCAUGAGAAGUUAAUUGAAAAACUCAGGGAAAAGUUUUCUCUUAGUCCAGCAGAAGCCAAUAGACAACUCCAGCUGCUUAGAGAGCAAAAUGGCGGCAAGCUAAGUGGUUUGUCUGUUCAUGAUAUUUUUCAAACUGUCAGGACAAAUCUGGAACAUGAAACUGAGACUAAGGACUGUGCAAUCUGUAUGGAGGAGAUGGUUAAUAUCUCCUCUUCACACAUCAGAGUGUUAGAACCUUGUAAACAUAUGUUCCACUCUGUGUGUAUCAAGAAGUGGUUGGAUACUGGUAAAUCUGGUAACCUCUGCCCUAUGUGCAGGAAUUAUGUAGCUAAGGACGACGAGUACCCAGCGCUGAAUGCCAGACCUAGGGGUCAAAAAUAAUUAAAAAGUAUUCUACCAGAGAAAAUAUUUUUCUAUUUUUAUAAACUAAAAAUAUAUUUUUUUAUAAUCUUGAAAAUUUAACCGUUAACCUGAAAAUGUAAAAGUGUAAAAAAGUUUCUCUUAACUCUUCAUCGUUGUCGUAGUAAUUUUUUAUUUUGUAAUUUGUUUUCGAUUUCAAUAAAAUGAUUUUGUUUAAUAAA